CAGUGUCACAAGAGCCCCUUGGUUCUGUGGAGCCCACAGGCUCAGUUUUGCCAGUGGGCAGGGUCAGUGCCAAAGACAUAGACACCAACUGAAGGAAUUGUGUAAUUUAUAUAAUGUCUAUGUGCAAAAAAUUACAAAAGGAGAAGCUCAACAGAGCACAUCAUCAUUAGAAAAUAAUUACAAAACCAGAAGCUCAGCAAUGCAUCCAACCAUCACCACCAAGGAUUGCAGUAGUGAUUAAGAAACAUCCAGCACCAGUCCCCCUCAGGCUUUACCAUCCCCCAGAUCCACACAGCAGCAGGGGAAGCUGUCACAGCCAAGGGCUGCAGAGCCACUCCUGGACACUGGGAAUUCCUGCAGGUGCCUCCAGCCACAGAAUUUCACAUCCCAAAACCUUUGCCAGAUGGAGGAGGAUGUUGUGAGGAAGACAAAGAUGCCCUGGGACAUGCAGGCAGGUGAGGAGGAAGUCAGUGCCCCUUUCCCCCUUUUCUUUGCUCCAUCUCCUAGACCAGCAUGGCCCCUGGCUGCAGGACAACACCACGGGCAAUGCUGUCCUGCCACGGAUGAACUGGGGGAAUUUCCUUCCCCUUCCCUCUGGCACAGAGCCAAUUCCCAUCCUCUUUCUGUCCUUCCUCCCCCCAACAAGGAUCUGGGGAUGGAGACCAGCGAGGACAAAGCCCCAUGGCACAACCUUGUAGCAGAGGCCAUUUUGAGUGGCUCCACAGCACAGGAAUACAACGGGGAAGAAAAGCCCCAGAGAUCCCACAGGAGGAGGGGCUGCAAACCCAGCCCAGGCUACUCUGAAAAGGAAAGACCCACCCUGAGCCAGGAAGGUGGACAGUGCUUCAGCCAGAACUCAGAGCUGGUGAUCCAUGAGCAGCUUCAUGAUGGGGAUAAGCCCCACAAGUGCUUGGAGUGUGGGAAGAGCUUCAGGCAGAGCUCCCACCUAAUCCGCCACCAGAUGAUCCACACCGGGGAAUGGCCGCACAAAUGUGGGGAGCGUGGGAAGGGCUUCAGCUGCAGAUCCACCCUGGCGACCCACCAACGCAUCCACACCGGGGAGAGGCCCUAUGAGUGUCCUGAGUGUCAGAAGAGAUUUCAGAGCAGCUCCAGUCUCCUCCUGCACCAGCGGAUUCACACCGAUGAGAGGCCCUUCUGCUGCCCUGAUUGUGGGAAGGGCUUCAAGCGCAACUCCAACCUUGUCACGCACCGGCUCAUCCACACCAGGGAGAGGCCCUACGAGUGCCCCACGUGUGGGAAGAGGUUUCAGACCAGCUCCAACCUCCACCUGCAUGAGCGGAUUCACACAGAUGAGAGGCCCUUCCGCUGCCCCGACUGUGGGAAGGGCUUCAAGCAAAACUCCCACCUCGUCAGGCACCGGCGCAUCCACACUGGGGAGAGGCCCUACAAGUACCCCACAUGUGGGAAGAGCUUCACCCAGAGCUCUGACUUGGCCAGCCAGGAGUCACCGGUAAGGGAUGUCCUGCCAGUGCCCCAACUGCAGGAAGAGAUUGAUGAACUGCUCCAGCUUCUUCCCCCAUUGGAGGACCCAUUUUGGAAAGAGCCCUGUGACCCAUGGUGGGAAGACAUCUGUUAAUUUUCCUGCCCCUGCCAAUGACAUGUUGUGGGAUUGAAGAACAUGAGGGUCUGGCCAUGGCCCUGUCAUCACAUUCACUUCCACCUCAGGUCAUUGCCAGGGGCAGGAAAGGGACUCUCUCUCUCUCUCUCUCCCUGAGUGUGGUAUUCACAUGCCUUCUGAACAUGUGAAUGUUCAAAGCUGUGACACAAGCAGAGAAGAAGGAAAACAUAAUUCUUACCUCUCUUGCUGUGCCUGUGUUGUGCUAAAGUAGAAUGCAAUAUGGAGAUUGUUUACUGUUUUGUUGUGUUUUUCAGGUUCUUAGUUAUGUUAAGUUGUAUAUUGUAAGUUGGUUUGUUUCACUCGCCCCUGUGGUUGUGUA